GCUAGAGUUCACUGCGUCGUACGUCUUCCAGCGCCCCAGUCUCCGAGUUGUCAAACAAAACUUCAGAGUUGGCGCGGCUUUACUAUCUUACAGGCUAUAGUAGACAUCGAUCACAAAUAAUUUGCUCUCUUUUUACUUAAAACAACUUAUUUGUUCAUUCAUCUACUGUCUACGAUGUCUUCUAACGGUACCACCAGUAUAGGCCUAAACUGCCCUAUUCCCAGUCGCUUUGAGCAGUCAAAAGACUGGUCUCAGCUGGCCGACUCCUACAGUCAGACGCCUGGAGGCACCCUGUUCUCCACGACACCUGGAGGAACCAGGAUAAUCUAUGACAGAAAGUUCCUGCUGGAAUGUCGGAAUUCACCGAUCACACGUACCCCUCCGUGCUGUCUCCCCCACAUCCCAGGGGUCACGGCACCUGCCCAGCACCCUCUGGGCAAGCUGAAGGAAAUGGACGAGAACAAAGACAUCUCGGCUGACGAUGCCCAGUUUGUGAUUGACAUCUGAACCUACUCAUCCAGACCAAUUCUUUUGGAGAAAUUGUAUUCUGUUCAGACCACUGGGAGGUCGCUCUACUGGUCAUACUCUCACUUUAGAUUCCCUCCUGUCUAAUCCUGGUGGAUGAUUAAUGAACUGUCAAACACUCAGAGAGUUGAUCUCUGAGGCUGGAGCAAGAAUUCUGGGUAAAUUUGGGAAGGGUGGCUGCAGUCAGUCUGUUAACUGCUUUUCAUCUUGAUGUACUUUUUUUCUUUUUGUACUUUCAGUUUUUUUCAGGAUUAAAUAAUUUAUCAUUUUGAGUUUUAUUAAUUUUUUCAGGAUUAAAUAAUUUAUCAUUUUGAGUUUUAUUAAUGGGAACUAAUUUUUUGAAGGUGCAUUUUUAUACAUGGUCUGGGGGUUGGCAGCUGAUUACAAGGGUAUUCAGAGAUGACUUCAAUUCAUCACUGGGCUCUUUGAGAGUGUGCUGUUGCACUGCAGAGAAAAUAAAUAAAACAGAAAGAAAUGUAAAAAGUUA